UAAACAAUGAAAGGCCUCAAAAGGUUUGACAUUUGAUUAGAUCUACAUAAAGCGCAGCAGGCAAAAAAUAUGGUAAUCAGGGGCCUGAUCAAGUACAUUGCUCAGGUAUGUCUUUAACCUUAAGCACAUGAGCAAUCUAGAUAAUUAAAAAAGAACAGAUACACAUGUUUGUAAUGUAUCCAUAUUUGGAUCAACAGUCCUAUUAACAGGACUCUUACAAACAGGAAUCUUUCAUUAAAUAAAAGAUAUGCUACACUGUAACAAAAUAAUCCACUGACCCAUGCUAUAAUUGACCUCCUAACGUAGUGUUUUGGUAUUGUCAUUUAUGGCAUUAUGAGUUUAACAGUAUCUAAAAAUAUCUUAUGAUAUCUUGGUCAGUAUACAGAUAAUACAUUAUCAGCUGAAGUAAUUACUUUUCCAGCCUUAGAAAAGCAGCUUCUCACUUAAACUCGCUGCAAAAUUAAUCAGCAUUCCUGUUCUGAAAUGCUUUUAAGAAGAAAUCUCAACUGUUUUACUCAAGUUUCUUAUUAAACCCUGCUGAGGUUAAGGACAGUUAAUGUUUGAGCAAAGCGCUGAAGAGUACCUGUGAGAAUCCCAGCACUAAUUCUCCAUCCUGAAAGUCAGAGCCAAGCCUUGCUUUCCAACCAGCCUUCAGGCUGUGGGAGCAUUUCAUUCAGUUCUGAGGGAAGGUGCUUUUGGAAUUCAUUUGGGUGUGUGCCACUGUUUCAAAGUCUGUGCUGGUUCCACUAGGUACCUGUGUACCUAGAGACACCAACACUCACCUCCAGCAGGUUAGUGAUGCAGGAUGUCCCACUAGAUAAGACAGACUGAGCCCUCUUUGAAGGAUGCGGAGUUUGAGGAGAGUCUUCCCAAAAUAAAGUGCUGUCUUACCAAGAAUCUGUGCAUCCAUAAUGUUUGAAAGAUUUAAUUUGGAAGCUAUGUUCUUAAAAGAGCAGUUCUAAAAAUGUUUACGGAAAGACAGUAUGCUUUUGCUUAACAAAAAUACAAUCAGAAUAAAACAGCUUCAGUAUCUAGCAGAGAAGUCGCUACAGUAAAUGUGCUGUAUUUCAGACAGAAGUGACUGACACUAGUUUGAAAGCUUGCUGAAAAAUGAAAGUCGUUGUGUAAAUGGGUGAGAAGAAGGAAACCGGUACAGCAACGAGAAGAGAGUCAGACUCUGUAGUUCCAGUAUUUCUGGAGCGCGAUUGGGUCUGUUUUUUUUUUUUUCUUCUUGAUUUAACAAGAUGAAAAUCUGCUGAAUAAUUCAUGAAGAGUGGAAGGGCUGAAUCUUCCUGGAAUGAUAUACAGAGUACGUACUGUGUCACAGGAGGAACUGCAAAGCUUUGUAUCAGUUGCUGCUGUUUCUGCUACUGAUUGCAAGGUGCUGCCGCUUUUGGCAUUUUCACAGCUACAGAAUCCUCAGCCGCGCUCUGGUCUGCUUACAGCCAUCUGCACCUUAUGGACCCACCUUCACUAGCUCCAGCCUCUGGGAUUUCCUGCCACCUAUCUGCCUUGGACACCGCUCUUCUCCGGGUCAUUACUGCUAACUACAUUUUCUGGACUUGCAGCUCAUAUGACUGAAAUCUGCCUCGAGUUCCCCGCCCGCACAUCCUCUCUCGUAUUCAGCGGGGGGCUGCCACAGCAGGAUCUGACCUGGAUGAAGAUGGGAUUUACGGGGAGAAGUCAGAACUGAGCUGCACUCAGCGCGAUGCCCAACGCCUCUUCCUGGAGCGCGAGCUCGCCCCUGCUGCUGCUCUGGGAGGACUCCUCAGGGACCCGCAUCUUCCUCUCGCUGCUCUAUGCGGUCCUGGCUAUCUCAGGGACUCUGUCCAACGUGAUGGUCAUCUAUUUGGUUUUCUCCUUCAAGAAGCUGCAGACCACCAGCAACGCCUUCAUCGUGAACGGCUGCGCGGCCGACCUGAGCGUGUGCGCCCUGUGGAUGCCCCAGGAGGCCGUGCUGGGGCUGCUGCCCCCGAACUCCUCCUCGCUCCGCUCGGCCGAGUACCGCCUGCUGCGCGAGGGGCUGCUGGGCCUCGGCCUCACCGUGUCCCUGGCCUCGCACCUGCUGGUGGCCUUCAACAGGUACGUGCUCAUCACCAAGCUGCCCAGCGUCUACCAGGCCCUGUACCAGCGGAGGCACACGGGCUGCAUGAUCGGGCUCUCCUGGGCGCUGGCGCUGCUGCUGCUGCCGCUGCUGCCCGGGCUCUGGACGCCGGGCCCGGCCCCGCCGCCGCCCCCGCGGCAGACGGACGGCGGCUCCCGCUACCCCGCGCUGCUCCUCGCGCUGGCCGUGCUGGGCCAGACGGCGCUGCUGCUGCACUGCUACCUGGGCAUCGUGCGGCGGGUGCGGGGCAGCGCCAAGCGGGUCAGCGUCCUCAACUUCCACCUGCUGCACCAGCUGCCCUUCCCCGCCGCGCCGCCGCCGCCGCGCCGCGCCCAGCGCCGCCUCAGCAGCGUCUCCGUGCUGCUGCUCUGCUGCGUCUUCCUGCUGGGCACGCAGCCCCUGGUCUGGGUCAGCCUCCUCGGCUUCUUCCUGCGGCCCGCGCCGCCCGCGCUGCAGGCCGCCAGCUGGCUGCUGCUCUGCUCGCUCUCUGCCCUCAACCCGCUGCUCUACACCUGGCGCAGCGAGGAGUUCCGCCGGGCCGCGCGCUCCGUCCUGCCCCGCGCCGACGGCUCCUCCGCCGCCCCGCGACACGCCGCCGGUCACGCCGCCGGAGCCGGAGCCGGAGCCGCCGCCCCGCCCUGCCCGCAGCUGCCGCGGCGCCGGAGUACGGCGGGCAGCGCCGCGCCGCGCUGA